CUUACCAGACGGCGACGUCCAAAGAAUCGCAGAACACAGUUGCUAAUUUUUGGCUGAAACAUGAGCUACGAUAGAUCACACUACGACAGACCUCAUCGUGGGGGCGGAAAUCGUCGACGCUACAAAGACGAUUAUGAUGCGCACGACAGGCGAACCCGGGAUUCCUUCGAAUCACCUGAGCAGAUCCUCAAGAAUACAAUUAUAAAACUGGGAGAAGUGGACCCCAUUCAAGAACUCCCGCGGCUAGCGAAACAAAUCCGCGAACAAGUACCACUUUCGGUCCCAGUCAUAUCUGAGGGUAUUCGGAUAGCUGUGACUGAACAACCGUACAAAAUUCCCUACUAUGCAGCUCUUCUCCGCCUCUUGCACGAUCCAACUGAAGGCGAGAAUGCCGAAUCUUCCACAAGUUCGUCUCUUGGCAAGCAGGUCCUGGAAGAUUUUUGGAAGGGCUUUCAGGGAUACCUAGACAAGCUUGCAUGGAGAGAUGUUCGACUAUGUAUUCACUUUUUUGCGCACUUGACAGUGGCUCAAGUCAUCUCCAUCGAAUCCAUGUCUGCACUCCUCCAGUCAUUCGCUGCUGUCCUCGACGAGUUUGGUGUUUCCUACGGACGCGGCAGAAACGCAGCUCUGUGUGCUAUUGAGGGCUUAAUAAUUAGCGGUGCAGUAAUGGCAAAGAGCUCAUCUUCCAACACUACUGAGAUAAUCAAGACCGUCCAAAAUUACAAUGAUUCUAUCUACGCACCCAAGCUGCUUGUCCAGCCUGCAAUGAGUUUGUUCACAGAAUCCAGGUCUUUGGAGAACGCUGAUGAGGUCAUUGAUACGGGACUUUUCGUGCUGAAAGCUCUUGACUCCUUUGAAUUUGUAGAAGCGUCUGAGAGCUUCCCGCAGCCCUACCUCGAUUUCCCGGAUUUAGAUCCCACAGUGUCUGCUCCUUUCGAGUUGCCCGCAAUACUGGUGCCACCUGAGGUCAUUGAGCUUGACGGGUUGGCUACAGAUGCUGGCGAAGACGCCCAGGUUAAGAAAGAAGACUGGCCACAGUAUUUCUUUCACUUGUUCGACAACGAGACGACCCCAGACUCAGCCACGCCCGCUGGAUUCCUAGUACGGUCCCAAAUCCUCGAUACGAUUGACAUAUUCGAGAUCAAUCGCAAAGAAUGCGCCCGUCUCCUCCUCGAGUAUCCAAAAUGGUGUGUCCCUGGUACAUUCAAGCCAAAACCUGGGGCUCCUGAGCCCGAAUUUGAAUCUGGGAAGAAUUGGCAGUUGGAGAGCACUGUCAUAGAGGCCAUCUUGGGUUCUCUUUAUCUCCUCCCAGAAUCGACGCAUAAAACGGUCUACCACAUUGCCCUGAUUACCGAGCUGUGCAAGCUCUCGCCGUCAACUGUCGGCCCUGCCGUUGGAAAAUCAAUACGCAGGUUGUACACUGCUCUUGGGGACGGCUUUGAUGUGGAGAACGCUCGACGCUUUGCAGAGUGGUUCGCGGUGCACAUGAGCAACUUCGGUUUCCAAUGGGUUUGGAAAGAAUGGUUACCCGACUUGGAGCUCUCAGAGCAGCACCCUAAACGCACCUUCAUUCGCCGAGCACUGGAGUUCGAGAUACGGUUGUCGUACCAUGACCGAGUAUUGAAGACUUUGCCGGAGCCUAUGCAGAACGACACCACCGUCAUUUCUGAUCAGACUCCAGGACCGGCCUUUGAAUAUGAAGACCCAACUCAUCCGCACUACGAUACUGCCCAAUCAAUCCUUUCCCUUCUGCGUGGACGCUCUAAAGCCAACGAAGUGCUGUCGCACAUUGAGUCGCUGAAGACCACUCUGGAGUCCUCAGGGACUCACUUACACGUAGACAACACUAUUCGGUCGAUCUCGAUUCAUUGCCUGCUCUCUAUCGGCUCACGAUCCUUCUCGCAUCUCCUCAACGCAAUUGAGCGUUACCUUCCGCUCCUGCGAGGGCUCGCUGGCACCGACGCAGAGUCCAAACAGGAUAUUCUCAGUGCUGUCGCAUCGUUCUGGCACCUGAAUCGACAGAUGGUGAAUAUUGUAUUUGACAAACUCAUGCAGUACCAGAUCGUCGACCCCACGGAUGUGGUUGGCUGGACGUUUGAGAAUGUUGGAGGGGACGCGCAUAGUGGGAUGCGACCGAUGAGCCUGAGCGCAUUUGAAUGGGACUUGUUGAAAGGCGCGUUAGACAAGGCAAAUGGAAGAGUCAUGGUAGCCAGGAGGAAGGUCGCUGCACUGAGAAAGGAGCACGAUGAUAGCGUUGCGCGGGUAAAGGCGAGUGUUGGUGCAGACGUUGGAUCCAUCGAGAUGGAUGCGGAUGUGAAGCCUUUCAAGCAAGAUGACUCUGCUUCAGAGAACCCUCAGUUGACGGUGGCACUCAAGGCAUUCGCAAGCCUCACUCGCGAGCAGAAAGGGGCUUUGGCACGAACGAUCGAAGGCUUUGUAUCGUGCUUGGCGCCAUGCCCGUCUGCAGGGCGCCAAAAUCCUUAUGCUGAGACAGUGAUUACAGAGCAAGCUUGGGAAGUACGAGCUACAUGGGGCGCAGACGAAUGGAACACGUGGGAAACGUGGGGUUGGUACCGACACUUUUGCAGAACGUACUCUCCCUACUUGCGAAACUACCAAGAGACGUUGGGUACAGUUGGGUUUGCCAAGAUCGAAGGCUCGACGAGUCCUGCUGCUAAGCUGAUGAAAAAGACUUGGGGUAUGGCGACUGGUCAAGAAUCAUAAUGACUUUCGUUCCUUGACGUUGUUCAUAUGUGCACACGUGUAUACAACAUUAUUAUCGUAAGAACAUGUCUUCAUCAUAGUAGCACCAGGUCUCGUAGUAAGGCACGAUAGCGAUAUACUGCAAUAGAAUUGAACAGUGCAGCACCUUGAGAGACGAAUAUGAAUUUCGACAUCUCGUCACACGGGACAGCGCAGGGAGACGAGGUACGUAAGUGAGGGGGUGAGGGCGCGUGCAAUGAUCCUUGUUCCAAAAACAUCCUGGAGAUCAGGCAACAUAGCCCUCAUAGGCUGGUUGCUCCGCUUCAGGGGUCGUGGAUCUCUCACCGUCAGAUCUAAUGUGAGCCCUUGAGCCCCGGCAGCUGAGCGCAGUGGUUCACCCCGCCAAGACGUUGCCUGGCCAAGAGCAAGGAGUUCCAAGAACUCAACCUUGUUUUCG